AUUAAAUUUUUUUAAAAACCCUCGCGUACGGAGACAGAGAUCGCAUAGUAAGAAGAAGAUGAAGGUUAUUAUCAAGACUUUGAAGGGCACUACGUUCGAUAUUGAAGUGCAACCGGAAGAUACUGUUGCUGAUUUCAAAAAGAAAAUACAAGCUUCUCAAGGGGCAGCUAUUUAUCCUGCUGGACAACAAAUGCUUAUAUAUCAGGGGAAAGUCCUUAAAGAUAACACAACAAUUGAUGAAAAUAAGGUUGCUGAAAAUAGUUUUGUCGUGAUCAUGUUGACAAAGAAUAAAAGCUCAGCGGGAGAAGGUUCAACUGCUUCUGCUACUAAGGCACCUCAAACAAGUGUACCGGCAACAACGGCUCCCCAAGCUGUUGUACCAACCGCAGCACCUCCUGCUCCUGCUCCUACAGCUGCUCCUACACCUGCAGCCUCUCCUGCAGCUGCUCCUCCCUCAGCUGCACCUGCUGCUGUUCCCUCAGCUGCACCUGCUACUGUUCCCUCAGCUACUGCGGGGUCAGAGGGAGAUGUUUAUGGCCAGGCGGCAUCAAACCUGGUUGCAGGAAAUAACUUAGAGGGUGCAGUUCAGCAAAUUCUUGAUAUGGGUGGGGGAACUUGGGAUAGGGAUACUGUUAUUCGUGCUCUUCGUGCAGCAUUCAACAAUCCUGAGAGAGCUGUUGAAUAUUUAUAUUCUGGAAUUCCUGAACAAGCUGAAGCUCCACCUGUCGCUCCUGUGCCUGUGAGUGGGCAAGCUGCAAGUCAACCAGCCCAACCUCAGCAGCCGGCGCAACCAGCAGCCGCCGUUCCUUCUGCAGGACCCAAUGCUAAUCCUCUAGAUCUUUUCCCUCAGGGCCUUCCCAACAUGGGUGCAGGUGCCGGUGCCGGUGCAGGUGCUGGAACUCUAGACUUCUUGCGGAAUAGUCAACAGUUCCAAGCAUUGAGAGCCAUGGUGCAGGCCAAUCCACAGAUAUUACAGCCUAUGCUUCAAGAAUUGGGAAAACAAAACCCUAAUCUCGUGAGACUUAUUCAAGACCAUCAGGCAGACUUUCUUCGUCUCAUCAAUGAACCAGCCGAAGGUGAAGAGGGAAACAUCAUGGGGCAGCUAGCUGCAGCAAUGCCACAGGCAGUAACCGUCACACCUGAAGAGCGUGAAGCCAUAGAACGGCUGGAAGCAAUGGGGUUUGAUAGGGCACUGGUAUUAGAGGUGUAUUUCGCAUGCAACAAGAACGAGGAGUUGGCGGCCAACUACCUAUUAGAUCACAUGCACGAAUUUGAGGAUUGAUUUUGAUGAAAAUAGCGCUGAAUCCUUCUGCCCUAGUGUUCAGAAGAGGGGAGAAGGUCGGGUUUUUUUUAUUUUAAUUUUUAAAACUAUUGUUUCUUUUUUCUAUAUUAUCAUCAACUUCAUAUUAUAAUCAAGUUUGAAGGCUGGAAUUCUAUAAUUUGAAGUUUCUGACAAGGAACAAUCUGUAACAUUCUCAUCCCAUGCUCUUUCCUUAUUUGUUAGGAUCUUGGAUACUUAGUUUUAAUAUACUUGAUUGUCUCUCUUUAA